GCCUCGACGAGUGCCCGGGCGACGUUUCCGAGUUCAUGUCUGAGCGCCAGCAGAAGGACAGCGAGCUGGAUCAACGGGCGGCUGACUACCACAGAGCCGACUACGGCUUGCUCCAGAAGCAGCACUUCAAGCUCCAAGAAGUCAACUCAAAAAUGCACGAGGCAGAGUACGACGACUUUAUCGCUUUCAACAACAUUGCGUUUCUCGCCACAAUUUCCGGGAAGCCCAAGCGUUCCUGGCCUAGCGUGCUCUGCAAGAAAGCGCUGGAAUACGCCGCCGUGGCGGUCGCACUUGGGCUCUUCGAACGUUGGUGUGCCUCAGACGGCUACUGGAACGACGUACGGAGCUCCCAGAACGGCACGACGCCAGCCAACGGCACCGGUGGCCCAUUGGCCGAGGGCUUACAUCAGGUCCGGACAGGCGAAGCACCAGGCCUUUUGCACAAAGUGUUUGUCGAUUUGGUAAGCUGGCACAGGAAACAGGCAACGCGACGACGGCUGGUAACCUUACGCAGACCGCUAACUUUACACCGCAAACCGACCGCGGUCUGCCC